CAAGAAGUCUGACUAGUGUGGCCAGAAUUAAGGCGACAGUGUGACCAAUCGACUCAAAUGUGCGUCGAAGGCAGCAGCAGUGCAAUUUCAACAAAAUAAGUUGAAGCAUUUGCGUUGCGGUGUACAAAAAGAAGCAACAGCAAAAACAACAACAACAACAGCAGCGGGCGACAAUUGCAAUUUGGGUGCAUUACUAACGGGAGUUGCGUUUGUGCAUAGAGAAAAAGCACCAAUAUGUCUGAUCCCGAGCGCCAAAGCUUGAUCAACAAAGACGAGCCGACCGGGGCCUCGUACACAUCGUUUCCAGCCGAGGGCGCUGAAAAUCCCGGCAGCAGUGCUGCAGCCAAUAAUGAAGACGGCAGCACUGCACAGUCGGUGCCAUUUAUUGGUCCCGAUGAGCUGCCACCGCCGUAUCAGAGCAGCGGCACCGGCGGCGUGCCCAUGGUCACCUGUCGUGUGUGUCAGAACAUGAUUGACAUAACCACAAAGCGGGAGCAACAUGUGGUCAAGUGCACCCACUGCAAUGAGGCAACUCCCAUACGUAAUGCGCCACCCGGCAAGAAGUACGUGCGCUGUCCUUGCAAUUGUUUGCUUAUCUGCAAGAGCUCCUCGCAGCGCAUCGCUUGCCCACGCCCCAAUUGCAAGCGCAUUAUCAAUUUGGCUCCAAGUCCAGUGACACCGCCCGUGCCCACCAUGCCGGGCAUGUGCCGGGUCACUUGUGGCCACUGCUCGGACACGUUUUUGUUCAACACCUAUCACAACGCACUGGCUCGCUGCCCACACUGCAGGAAGGUCUCCUCGGUGGGCUCACGUUUCGCCAACAGCCGCGGGGUUUUAUUUGCUAUUGUCGCAUUGCUCUUCCUUAUUGGUAGCAUUGGCCUGACCGUUGGCACCAUCUCAUAUGCAUCGAACCAUGGCGGCAUGUAUAUCCUUUAUAUUGCCUUGUUUUUCAUUGCGGCUACCAUGUUGGCGCGUUCCAUUUACUAUUUCCGACUUAAAGUAAGCGCGAUCGAUGGACCCAUGUAAGAUUCGCGGCGUGUCGGUUAAUAUGGAAGUGCAUUGUUUUAUUUUUAUAAAUAUAUAUAUAUGUGUCAGCAUAUAUACAUAUAUAUUAUGCAUAUAAUUCAUUCCUUUUGAUAUUAAACAAAACCCCGUAAAACAAACGCAAGUAGAACACAACAAAAGGGCAAGCAAUCCACCACAAUUUUCAUAUGCAGAACCGCCAGCUACUAAUUCAAGUAAUAUAUAUAUUAUAUAUAUAUUAUAACAAAAUAACAGGAUACGUUGUUUUGUCGCGCAUCUUUAAAGAGUUAUUCGUGUUGAAUUAAUAUUAAACUUAGCAAAUUCGUCAGCAAGUAACUCCCCAUUUAAAGUGAUUUCUAAAAGCAUAAUUAAGACUAAGCCGAGCGCAUACAACCUAAUUAAAAACAGCAAAACGUGAAUAAAAACAAAGCAAAUGUCGAAAAACGAUUACAUUAAAAGUGCUAAAAUGGAAACUAAAAACAGUAGGCAGUUUUUAGACCAGGGCGGACGGGACGGGACGGGACGACGGACAGACGGAAAUUGCAUUACAUCUAUAGCAUAUAUUAAAGCAAAUUUUUAUAAAUAACUAAGCGCCAUUUUUUCAUAUUUCUAUAUAUACAAUAAUGUAUAAUUUUAUACGUUUGUGUUCUUGAAUUGUAUAAAUAUGUUUUUUGUACGUGUUUGUUUCAUAUCUUUCGAUAUUUAUUCUCGAUAAAUACUGCGCUUAGAA